ACAUAGAUACUAAAGAAGUAAUGACCACUCACGUUAGGAGGGAAAACUUAAGAAUUCGGUCUUGGGGAUUAAAGCGAAUGUUAAAGUAACAGUCUUUUACGUUCCAUGAUCAUAGUUUCAUUGCACUUAACUUGCAAUCGAGUGCGUAUUUAUUUAUUGCGUGCGUGAGUGAGGUGUAGGUUUUUCUAAUUUGCAGUGCCAUAGGACUUGCUAUCACUAUGACCGCUAUUAGAUGGUGGUUGGUGCCGCAGGUGGUUUUUUUAAUUUCUCAGUGCCUGUCGAUACAAUAUACACCAAUUGAAUUAAGCGGCGCGGAUGACAGUGAAUGCGCGUUAGUUAUAAAUGGGCAAGGAAAAUCCAAUGUAUUUGAUUACACAUUCAAUCUUUUACGAAGUCCGUCAUUUGGAUACAGUGAAGGUCGAUCAUGCAUUACUUACGACGCCAUCAAUCAAGCCUAUUUAGAAGCAAGGAAAAGAUUUUCGGUUGCGAAUCCAAUUGGCGAGUGGAAGCCGGAACAUGUGAAAACCGUCGGAGAAGUUCUUCUGGACAUUUCUAUUAAUCUUGCGAGGACGUACGGUUUAAGUUAUGAAGAUAUCGAAAAGGGUUUACCCUUAAUCGAUACAUCACGAACACUGAUAAGUGAAAUUUGUCCUCCUUACCUCGCUAAUGUUGAAUGUCGGGCUGGAAAAUACAGGAGAUUUGAUGGACUUUGCACCAACUUGGAGCAUCCGACGUGGGGCGCUACAAAUACUCCAUUUACGCGUUUGAUCGGACCCUUGUUUGCUGAUGGUAUUUCUGCUCCUCGGAUAAGUGUUACUGGACAUGACCUACCCUUAUCCCGAGUCGUAUCACGAACGAUGCACCCCGACGAAGGCUUCCAUGACCACGCAGGAACCGUUAUGGUAAUUGCAUGGGGACAAUUUAUGGAUCACGAUUUCACUCUUACUGGUACUCCUCUAGAUCCCUUAAACAGGAACGAUCCAGAAGAAUGCUGCCAUCGGCCACAACACCUGAAGCAUCCAUACUGUAAUGAAAUUCCAAUUCCAGAUGAUGACUAUUUCUAUCGUCUAUUCAAUGUCAAGUGUCUCGAUUUUGUACGCGCUUUUCCUGCACCAAGACCAGGAUGUAGAUUAGGUUCCAGAGUGCCUUUUAACACCUUAACUGGAGUGCUCGACGGUAAUACUGUGUACGGUGUCACGGAAAAGUUUGCAAGAAAAUUGCGCUCAGGAUACGGAGGUCAAUUAAGAAUGAAUCCAGUGUUUUCUCAGUAUGGGCUUAAGGAUUUGUUGCCACUGAAAUUAGAUGUUCCGGAUGAAGGAUGUACUCGUCCAAACAAAUCAAUGUUUUGCUUUGAAGCAGGCGAAAUACGUGUCAACGAACAACUUGUAUUGACAUGCAUGCACACACUAAUGGCACGCGAGCAUAACAGGAUCGCUAACGCAUUGGCAGAAGUUAAUCCUCAUUGGGACGAUGAAACUCUUUUCCAGGAAGCGCGUCGCAUUAACAUUGCUGAAAUUCAGCAUGUAACAUACAACGAGUUUCUGCCAAUACUAUUGGGAAAAGAUGUGAUGCAAAAAUUCGGGCUUUUAUUACAAAAAGAAGGUUACUGGGAUGGUUACGAUAGCACUGUCAACCCAAAUGUUAUCGACGCAUUUGCUUCUGCUGCUUUCCGUUUUGGCCAUUCGCUUCUACCAACUGCCGUUGAACGUUGGAGUAAAGCUCAUAAAUUCAUAGCUUCAAAGAGGUUAUCGGACUUAAUUAGAAGACCUCACGAUCUUUAUCGGGCUGGAGUAUUAGACGAAUACUUUAUGGGUUUAAUGAAUCAAGUGGCUCAAGCUAUGGAUGACUCGAUUACUCAAGAGGUUACUAAUCAUCUCUUCAAGAAAGUAGGCGCGCGAUUUGGCAUGGACUUGGUAAGCUUCAAUAUGCAACGUGGAAGAGAAUUUGGUAUACCCGGAUACAUGGAAUUUAGAAAAUUCUGUGGAUUGGCUGAUACACACAACUUUGAGGGAUUACUUGGCACUAUGCCUAACGAAACUGUCCAUAAAUACAGCACAAUAUUUGAGCAUCCGAAUGAUGUAGAUCUUUGGUCAGGGGGCGUGUCAGAACGUCCUCUUCCAGGUAGUAUGUUGGGGCCGACAUUUGCCUGCGUUAUUGCCACGCAGUUUAGUUAUGCGAGACGGGGAGAUCGAUUCUGGUACGAAUUGCCACAUCAACCCUCGUCGUUUACACCAGAACAAUUACAAGAAAUUAGAAAGACACGCUUAGCAAGGCUAAUUUGUGAUAAUACAGACUUAAUUGACACAAUCCAGUUAUAUCCCAUGGUUUUACCGGAUCACGAAAUAAAUCCACGUGUGCCUUGUCGAAGCGGGAUCAUUCCAAGCAUUGACUUCAGCAAAUGGGCUGAUUAUAGUGGAGCUGCCAAUAAUUUGUACACGAAUAAUUUUGCAUAUGAUCACAUAGUAGGAAAGUAGAAAUACUUGUAAACUUUAUUAGGUAUAAAUUGUACAGAUGCCAUUAAUUUAACUUUAAAGAUGCUUCUAAAAUUCCUUUUAAAACACGAAAUUAGCCCAUGGUAUAAUAAAAUUACUAUAGAAUUUGUACUUAAUCAAUUCUCUCUCUUGUCUAAUUUAAAAAAUUAAUUAUGUAUUUUUUUAAUGUGUAUUUAUUAAGAAACUUGUAGAUAUGUAUAGUUACACCGACACCCCUACUUAGAAUUAACUUAAAUCGGAGUAAUCAUCUAAUGUAUUUAUUUAUUUCCAAAUUUAUAUAUUUCAAUAUUGGUUUAAGCAUAUAGAAGACAACAUAAUAUACCUACUAUGUUAUACCAUUGAAUAACGAAAUAAUUUUUCAUUCAACGGAUAUACAUUUAUGUUGUCUGUGGUUUAAGUGAAGUCUGAUUAGUGUUUUGAUAUAUGUAAUUGCAAAAUUUCGAACGUCCUCUGAUUUAAACUUACUAUAUAUGUACAAGGUUUGCACAUCACGAGUUCUCGAUAGUUACCUAUACACCUGUAGACAAUAGAAAUUUUGCAUUAACAGGAUAAUUAGGCUAUGGACAUGUCAUUUUCAAAGCGGUGGCAACUGAUCUACGUUAAAAACGCAGUGCCUACCGGCAUUUUUUAAGGUUGCUACCUACACGAUAUUUGAAGAUAUUGCCAUUAUUUUAAUCACGUGAAUAAUGUUGUAUAGAACUCGAUCUCGCAGUGUAAACACCAUAAACACCCUGUGUGGUACUCUAUUGUAUAUAUAAGAUACCUACCUGUGUAAAAUGUU